GCAGAGUAUCUAGAAAUGAAUGAAAACUAUGGGGAAUCCAACCUCAUUGGACAUACAGAGUCUUUUCUCAAUCAAGUUCUCAGCAAUUGGCUAGACACAAUAAAAGCUCUGCAAUCAUGUGAAGAAGUUAUGUCUUAUGCACAACAACUCAACAUAGUUUCCAGAUGCAUUGAUUUCUUGACCCUCAAGGCAUGUCCCGACCCUAAGCCCACAAUGGCUGAAGCUGAUUCCUUGAAUGAAAAAGAUAAAUCACAAACCAAAGGUGAUGAUUGGUGGUAUGAGGAUCUAUCAUUGUUGAGUUUACCACUAUACAAGAGACUAAUUUUGUCCCUCGAAGCAAAAGGUAUGAAACCUGAGAAUAUUGCAGGGUCCUUGAUACGUUAUAUUACAAGAUAUGUACCCUUGAUGAAUAGGCAAUCAAGCUUCAAGGAAAAGAACAACAACAAUGAUGUGAAUCAAGGGACAAAUUCUGAAGCAGAUCAAAGAGAUAUGGUUGAAGAAAUUGUGGGAAUGCUUCCAAGUAAGAAAGGUGUAACACCUUCCAAGUAUUUGCUUAGAAUGCUAAGAACAGCUAUGCUUCUGCAUGCAAGUCAGUCAUGCAUAGACACUUUGGAGAAAAGGAUUGGCUCUCAACUUGAACAAGCCAUUCUUGUUGAUCUUCUGAUUCCAAACAUGGGGCAACCGGCUGAGACACUUUACGAUACAGAUUGCAUUCAGAGGAUUAUAGAUCAUUUUCUGUCCAUAUACUUGCCUGCAACUGCAUCAACUACUCCGUGCAUAAGCAUGCAUGAAGAAGGGCCAUUGGCGAGUGCAGCUGAUUCACUAACACCUAUGACAAUAGUAGCCAACUUGGUAGAUGCAUAUCUUGCUGAGGUAGCUCUUGAUGUAAAUUUCAAAUUGCCAAAGUUUCAGGCCCUUGCAACUGCAAUUCCAGAAUAUGCUAGGCCUAUAGAUGAUGGUUUAUAUCAUGCUAUAGAUGUGUAUCUCAAGGCACAUCCUUGGCUAGUUGAUUCGGAGAGGGAGCAAUUCUGUAGACUCAUGAACUGCCAAAAGCUGUCAUUGGAAGCAAGCACACAUGCAGCACAAAAUGAGAGAUUGCCACUCAGAGUAAUUGUGCAGGUCCUCUUCUUUGAACAGCUUAGACUCAGAACAUCAAUAUCUAGCUGGUUAUUUGAUGACACAAAUAACUUUGAGAACGCACAACAACAAAACAGCCUUAAUGGAAAUAAUCUUGGCCAUCUAAGGAGUGCGAAUAAUGGUCAAGUAGACCCUUCACAGCAACAAGGUGGUGGAAACUUGAGGGAACGUGUCUCAGAGCUUGAAAAGGAAUGCACCUGUAUUAGGAAAGAGCUCCAUAAGCUAGCUAAGAGUAAGAGAGGUUGGAACAUUUUCCAAAGAAUCUUCUUUAGAAAAAGGUCUUGCUAG